AUUCUGACAAAGGACAGAAGAACAACAGAAGACGUUAGAACAGAAAAAUAGAAUAUCAUCCGAUAAAAUCAUGGAGCGUUUAUUCGAUUUCUCGCGUUUUAUAAUUAUUGGUUUGUUUUUAUUUAUGUACACUACUAGCUCUUGCUUUGGCGAAAAUGUGAAGAAGAGUGUGGACGAGGUCCAUGAUGAUGGCAUCGACGACGAACCAAAAGACGAAUCCCAAGAAUCCAUGGGCAUCGCUUCUGAUCUCUCCGAGCCAACUAACGUCACAUUAUGUACUAGGCGAAAGAACUCGAAGAUGCAUGAAAUUCGUCCGGCAAGUGCUAACCAGUUUCCAUUUAUGGUAGCUCUAAUGUCUCCUCGUAACCAAUACGUUUGCGCUGGCACCCUCAUUUCAAACGGUCUGGUACUCACCACUGCCCAGUGCACUGCAUCUGUUAGCUAUGCCCUGAUUAAUACUACAAAGGAUAGAAAAGACGAUAGUGCAGUAUCCUUGCAUGUAAUCAAAAGUGAAAAAUUCCCCACAUAUUCAGGCCCCAAUUCAGUAAAAAACGUUGCAAUAAUUUAUACAGAAAAGCACAACAGCACAAUUGCUUCUAAAAUCAAUCUCAGCAAUUACACUUCUUCGAGCAGACUUAAUGAUGUAGAAGCAAUAGGGUUUGGAUUAAACGCUGAUGUUGGGCAGGUGAAAGAGUUGCAGUAUGUUGGAUUAGAUGCAAGAGAUAACAAGGAAAAUGCUAUAGUAGGUUUUAUCGAUUGUAUAGAUACGAAAGUGCCUACGUGUUUCAAAGACAAAGGUGGUCCACUCGUAGUUGAUAACGAAUUGGUAGGAUUAAUCACUAACGGUCAAGACGAAUGCACCAAUGAAAUAGUGUCUACAUAUGCGAUAAAUAAACGUAUGGUUAAUGCUUUGCCAAUCUAUACCGUUAAAGCAUGGCUGGACCAAAAAAUUACAAAAGCCGUAGAGCCAGGAGAUGAACCAUUGGAGACUUUUCCAAAAAAACCAGCAGCUCGCGUCGGUGUUGUGCACCGGAUGACUAGCGGAGGAGACAACAUUGAAGUCAUGCCCCUGUAUUAUCUACCGAUGCUACUUGGUUUUUGUUUCUAUUAAUUUAAAAUACUUAAAAUUUUCUGUGUUAAAACUUCUUGAAUAAAACAAUUUA